UAUAAAGAGAUGGGCAUGGAAGCAUGUUACUCAUCACCAAUUUCCCUUUUCAUUUCAAAGUUAAAUAAGCUUAAAGAAGAAUGAAAGGCUUUUGGAACAUAACGAGUACCUUUUCUCUUACUCUUUCUAUACUUUUCCUAUUCGGCUACAGUUAUGAGGACGUGUCUGCGGUUCCAACUAGGCACUUGUGUCGUCCGGAACAAAGGGAUGCACUUCUCCAAUUCAAGACCGAGUUUGAGGUUCUAAACUCUUCCUUUUCUUCUUAUGAUUGUUAUAUCAAUGAAACUAUAGUAAAGCCCCUUCGGAAGACAAAGUCAUGGAUGAAUAACAGCGACUGCUGUAAUUGGGAGGGUGUCAGGUGCGAUGCCAAAUCCGGUGAAGUGAUCGAGCUGAACCUUGGUUGCAGCUACCUACGUGGCAGGUUUCAUUCCAAUAGCAGUCUUCAAAGCCUUCAUUCUCUAAACACUCUAGUCCUUUCAAAUAAUGAUUUCAAUGGUCAAAUCAUGUCUUCAAUUGGAAACCUUUCUCAUCUCACCUCUCUGGACCUUUCGCGAAAUGGUUUCAGCGAGUUCAUUCCUUCUUCGAUAGUAGACCUUUCUCAUCUCACCUUUCUCGAUCUUUCUCAAAAUCAUUUUUCGGGUCAGAUUCCAUCUGCGAUUGGAAAUCUUUCUCAUCUCACCAAUCUUGACCUUUCUUAUAAUCAGAUUUCGGGUCAGAUUCCAUCUUCUAUUGGAAAUCUUUAUAACCUCACUUAUCUUGACCUUUCUGGGAACUAUAUUGUUGGUGAAAUCCCAUCUUCUUUUGGCUAUCUAAACCAAUUGACCACCUUAUAUGUUGGUCUCAAUAGGCUCAAUGGAAGCUUUCCCAUUGCACUACUGAAUUUGACAAAGUUGUCAUCUUUAGAACUCUAUUACAAUCAGUUCACAGGAACAAUUCCUCAUAACAUCACUUCGCUAUCCAAAUUGACGUUUUUUAGUGCAAGUUACAACGCUUUCACUGGGACCCUGCCUUCUUCUCUCUUCACCAUUCCUUCUAUGGAUAGUGUUGAUUUGUUUGAUAACCAACUCAACGGUAAUCUUGAGCUUGGGAAUAUAUCUUCACCACCUAAGCUACGAGUGUUAAACGUUGGCAGAAACAACUUGAGAGGGCCAAUCCCGGCCACGCUAUCCAAAUUUACAAACCUUGUCGACCUUCGCCUUUCCCACUACAAUGCACAAGGUCCGAUUGAUUUUAGUAUCUUCUCGCAUCUCAAGUGGCUGGAAGUUCUUGACCUAUCCUAUUUGAACACGACCACUACCAUUGACUUCAAUGAUAUCUUGUCGUAUUUUAAGAGGCUCUCUGUGUUGGUUCUCUCAGGCAACCAUGUUUCAGCCACAAACAAGAGUCCGGUUUCAGGUCCCCUAUUGCUGUAUUAUUUGGUAUUGUCAGGCUGCGGUAUCACCGAGUUUCCAGAGUUUGUAAAAUCGCAAAAUAUAGAGAGGCUAGACAUUUCCAACAAUAAAAUCAAAGGACAAGUGCCUGGAUGGUUAUGGACGCUACCAAAUUUGUAUUACCUCGAUAUUUCCAACAACACUUUCAGCGGCUUCGAAAACUCAACAGUUUUAGUUUCAAGGCUAUCCUUGCUUGCCUCCAACAACAAUUUUACGGGAAAGAUUCCCUCUUUCAUAUGUUAUUUGCGCUCUGUAUACAGUCUUGAUUUAUCAAACAACAACUUCAGUGGUUUAAUCCCUAGUUGUCUGGGAAAUCUCAAGCCUUCUCUUUUAUAUCUAAACCUUCGUCAAAAUCGUCUUCAAGGACGUCUUCCAGAGAAUAUAUUUGGAAGAUUAAGAACACUUGACGUCGGUCAUAACCAACUGACGGGAAAGCUUCCAAGAACUUUGAUCCGGUUCUCUAGUCUUGAAGUUCUGAACGUGGAAAGCAACUUCUUCAAUGAUACGUUUCCAUUUUGGUUGAGUUUUCUACUAGAGUUAAAAAUUCUUGUGUUACGCUUUAAUGCCUUCCAUGGACCGAUACAUCAAACUUCGUUCCCUGAGUUGCAAAUCAUCGACAUAUCACACAAUCACUUCAAUGGAGCUUUGCCAUCAGACUUCUUUGUGAAGUGGAGUGCUAUGUCAUCACUUGGGACUGUUUAUUAUCAUCAGCAUGAUCAGCUGGAUAAGUACAUGGGAGGUUCCUAUUACCAUGAUUCAAUGGUGUUGAUGAAUAAAGGUAUAGAGAUGGAGUUUGUACGUAUCCUAAAGAUCUACACAGCACUCGACUUUUCAGGAAACAAAUUUGAAGGAGAGAUCCCAAGCUCCAUCGGUCUAUUAAAAGAGCUUCUUGUGCUCAACUUGUCCAAUAAUGCUUUCUCUGGCCACAUCCCUUCAUCUAUGGGAAACCUGACGGCUCUUGAGUCACUGGACGUUUCCCAAAACCAGCUUUCAGGAGAAAUUCCCCAAGAGCUAGGGGAACUCUCAUUCCUUUCGUACAUGAACUUCUCUCAUAACAAGCUUACAGGUCUAGUACCAGGAGGCACUCAGUUUCGAAGGCUGAACUGCACUUCUUUUGAGGAUAAUCCGGGACUUUUUGGCCCUUCUCUUGACGAAAUUUGCAUAGAUAUUCACGCGCUAAAACCGCAUGAAACGUUGGAGUCAGAGGAAGAAGAAGAAGAGGAAGAGGUGUUGAGUUGGAUAGCAGCUGUCAUAGGAGUCAUACCUGGUAUUGCCUUUGGAUGGGUGAUUGGAUACAUACUUGUUUCCUACAAACCAGAGUGGUUCAUGAACCCUUUUGCCCGAAAAAAGCGCAGAAUCACCAGCACCACAACUCAUUAAAGAGCUACCUGAGGAAUCUGGAAGAAGAAAUCCAAAGGAACCACUAUGUCUAUCCGUAUCAAAUAAGAUUUGGGGUAUCGUUUCUAGUUUAGCUUGAUGUUUUCUCAUUAAUCUGUUUUUACUUUUUUAGCAAACUUCUUUGUUUCUCUGGUAUUGUUUUCGGUUUAGCUUGGUGUGUAUUUUCUCGACAUCUCUGUUUUUUUUCACUUUUUUAGCAAACUUCUUUGUUUCUCUGUAAUUGAACAACUAUGUUUCUUACGCUAAAUAUUAAUAAAAAAUUGUGUAUC